GCCUUCACUAAACUAGCGUAGCCUGGGGACCGGUCGGUCCGGAAGAAAAUUACUAUUCCGGAAAAAAAGAAAAAGGUCUCCGCUAAUAUAAUCAUGUAUGUACAGUUUCAUAUUUGGCAAAAACGAUAGACCCAUAAAGACACCGGUGAUGGAAAGAAGGUCUCGGAAGGAGCAGACUGGGCCGGMUUCCGUAUGAUACCAGCGCAUAUUACAGGCAAGCAUCGGACAAGUACUCGCAAAGUGCACUUGAUUUGACACCGCGUACUAUAGAGACUAGUUUUCUUUUCUCUGUUCCCACCUUCAGUGUUUUUUGGAAUAGACGUCGUUUUGUGGGACACCCUUUUGGCUUUUUUCAGUCACCCAUACCACCGUUUCUUUUAAAACUGGAUUGGUCAGCAGCUGGCAGCUCGUGCUGCAUAAUUUGAAACCACCCACAAAUGUCCUCCGAGGUGGUGUCUAAGUGCAGGUGUCCUCUGAAGGAACUUCCCAUGGACAGCUGGAUGGACCACCUGCCCUGUGUUCUAUGGGACGUUCCCUGAGGAACCUAGCUAUACCAGGAAGCCAUAAUGCUAUAACCUACUGUCUGGAUAGGAGUGACCGCUCCCCUGUCGACCUGACCCAACCUGAUUUACUGCAGAAGCUAGACAAAUACAUGAAGCCCCUGAUACGACCGUUUGUUUAUAAAUGGGCAGUUACACAGGAGGCGACAGUAAAGGAGCAGCUAGACUGUGGGGUCAGAUAUCUUGACCUGAGGAUCGCACAUCGACCCAACGACACCUCUACUGACCUGUACUUCUACCACGGAGUGUACACUACACUCACUGUAGAGACCGUUCUUCAGGAGAUCAGAUCCUGGCUAGAUGUCCAUACCAGAGAGGUGGUUCUGCUGUCCUUCAGUCACUUCCUGGGUCUGAACCAGGACCUCCACACCGGACUUAUAUCCACCAUCAGAACCAUCUUCACCUCCAGGCUCUGUCCAACUACGGGACACCUCCAGCAUCUGUCCAACUACGGUAGGGACACCUCCAGGCUCUGUCCAACUACGGUGGACAACCUCCAAGCUCUGUCCAACAACGGUAGGGACACCUCCAGCUCUGUCCAACUACGGACACCUCCAGCUCUGUCCAACUACGUAGGACACCUCCAGGCUCUGUCCAACUACGGUAGGACACCUCCAGCUCUGUCCAACUACGGUAGGAGACACCUCCAGGCUCUGUCCAACUACGGAGGACACCUCCAGGCUCUGUCCAACUACGCAUGGCAUGAGCCAUACUUUCCCAUGAUUCCAUUCCCUGAUCCCAACAUUCCCAUGAUCCUCUGUAUCCGGAAGGUGACGCUGAGGAACCUGUGGACGCUGGGUUACCAGGUGUAUUGUCUCUAUGAGCACAGCAUGGUCAGCCUCUACAGCGAACUUUGGCCUCACAUCCCCUACUGGUGGGCCAACAAGGUGUUUCUGUUGUCAGGAGGGUUCUUUGUGACGGGCAUCAACCUGACAGAGGAUCUGAAGUACAUCUGUUCUCACCCCACUGAGUCUCUGAAGGACUUGGUGAUGUCUACCUCCCCUGCCCUGCUCUCCUGGGUCAGGGCCCAGAGCCCUGGCUCUGACUCCCGCUCCCUCAACAUCAUAGCUGGGGACUUUGUCUCAGAGAGCCACUUCGUACCCACCGUCAUCGCACUGAAUCAACAUUUAGUCCACUGCACUGGUCCCUGUGAUGUUAGCGGAGGAAACUGACCCAUCUGCUGUGUCCCAAAUGACACCAUAUUCCCUCUGUAGCCCAUAGGCCUCUGGUCAAAAGUAGUGUACUGUGUAGGGAAUAGGGCCCUGGUCUGAAGUAGUGUACUGUGUAGGGAAUAGGGUGCCAUUUGGAAUGCAUUAUCUGACACAUCUUAUUGCACAGAAUAUCAUGUUUUAACUACGCUAUAGGAAGGAUGGGACUGCAGCGUGAUCAUGUUUUAACUACGCUUAGGAGAAGGAUGGGACUGCAGCGUGAUCAUGUUUUAACUACGCUAUAGGAGAGGAUGGGACUGCAGCGUGAUCAUGUUUUAACUACGCUGUAGAAGAGGAUGGGACUGCAGCGUGAUCAUGUUUUAACUACGCUGUAGAGAGGAUGGGACUGCAGCGUGAUCAUGUUUUAACUACGCUGUAGAAGAGGAUGGACUGCAGCGUGAUCAUGUUUUAACUACGCUGUAGGAGA